AUGGGGCCACGAUUAAAAGGAGCACAUUCAAGGAAGCGAAAGCUGGCUAGUCGCGUGGAAGAAAUCAACUUCGAUGACACUGCCCGCCAUGAAUUCUUGACAGGCUUUCGCAAACGAAAGCAACAACGCAUAAAGCAUGCGCAGGAGGUCGCAGAGGAAAAGGCGCGAGAAGCGAAAAGGGAGGAACGAAGAAGGAUGCGUGAAGAGCGAGCCGCAGAUUUCGAACAUGCGCUAGAAGAGCACAAGAAACAAUUGAAGAAACUGAACGAGGAAAAUGAAAGUGGUGGUGACGCCGGAAAUUCUUCAAGCGAUGCUGAGGAAGACGAAUGGGACGGAAUCGAGGAGCCCCCGGCGGUAGACUACGAGGCCGAAUAUAUCGACGAGGAUAAAUAUACUACGGUAACUGUGGAGGAAAUGGACCCGUCGAAACAGAGCAUCCUUCAGACAAAUGACGAUAGCUUGGACGAACGGCCGAAAGAGCGAUCAGAACCUUCCGGUGAAGAUGUCAAAUCGAAGGAACAAUCCAAAAAGAAAAAACAAACAGACGACAAGUUGAAGAAGAAAAAGAAGAAGUUCCGAUACGAAUCAAAGGAUGAACGGAAGGUCACGAGGAUGAAGGAGCGGAGGUCUAACCAUAGAAAGGCGCAAGCGCGAAGAGAAAAGUGA